GAGUGUUUAAUAAAAUGGCGGUGAAAAUAAAUUAAUGUCUUGUGUUGUGUUUAUUGUGUUUAUACAAAAAUUUUGUUGAUGUAGAAAAAAGAUUUUAUUCAUUUAUAAUAUCAUAUGUAAAAUAUUAAUAAGAAUAUAGAAAUUGUAUCAAAUAUCUGAGGCGUAUCGUAAAACAGCAAAAUAUUACUUUCAGAUGAUUAAAUUGAUUUAAUUUGAGAAUUUUGUACAAUAUUUGUAUAUACUUAUACAUAUAUAAUACUUAAACUUAAUAUUAAUAAAAUAUUUUAAAUAAUGACUGCAAAAGUGUAUCAACUAGAUCAAGAACUAGAAGCGAGAGUUAAGAAAGCAACUGAGCGUAUAUCUGAAAAUAUGCAUAUAGUUGCAAAUGAACCAUCUCUUGCGUUUUAUAGACUUCAGGAACAUAUAAGGAAAGUAUUACCUCCUAUGAUGGAGAAACGAGUAGAAGUGCUUGAUCUUCAACAGCAACUUUUAGGUAGAUGUUUUGAUGUAGAGUAUGCUGUAAGUGCUAUUGAUGCAAUGAAUGGUGCUGGAAAGAGUUUUGGAAACACUUUAGAAUUCUUCAAGAAUGCUAUUUUUCUUAAACAACAAUUGAACUAUGAGGAACAACGAAGGCACAAAAAAGAUGGAAAUAGAGAUUCUGUAUAUAAAAGUUUAUCUGUACACAUUCCUACAUUAGAUCAUUUACCAAACGAAAUAUCUGAUGUUGUCAGAGGAACUGCUAACAAAGUAUGAUGAAUUAUGUUAAAUAUUCCACAUAGAUUCAAAAAACAAAUUAAAUUUGAAAUGAUAAUUAAAUGCAUUAAAAUAUAAUAUUGUUCAGAAAUAUAAAUGUAAAUACCGUAAAUAAUUGAUUAGACUACUAACAAUUUAUAUGCCAUAAAAUAGGUGGGUUAAAUAAAAUUAUUGUUGUUAUAUUCUGAAUAGUUGCAUAUGUUAACAUUUUUGGAUAUUUAGAAUAUUUUAAUUUACUCUAAUUUGUUAAUAUUUGGCCAAUAUCGUUUAGAAAAAAAGUGUAUAAACAAAAAUUAUCAGUAGAGAUCAUUUUAAGUUGUAGACAAAGUCCUAUAGAUGUCGUUAUAAUUUGUGUAAGAGAGAAUACUGUUAAGAGGUCCAGUAUUGGUGUACAGAAUGCUAAUUAAUUUGUGAAAUUGUAAAAAAAAUAUUGAAUCAUACAUAUUGGAUAUGCCAAUUAUUAAACACUGAUAUCUACAUGAAACGUAUUUUAUCUUCUAACAAGUUUUACGAAAAUAGGGAAGAGUUGACAAGCACAUACAUGUAUAUAUGCGAUACUGAACCACGUGCGCAAUACGUCAAGAGUUUCAUCGAGUUGCUACGUGCACGUUAACAAG